GGGAUCAGGAUCGGCGGCGGACCGGAGUGGGUGGAGACCCCCGGAGCAGGGCAGGCGGACAGCGGAGGAUCCCAGCGGUGGACACUGCAGUGGCCAGAGCCUGGAUGAUCCCAGCGGUGGACACUGGAACGGCCAGAGCCCCCGGACCGGAGCGGCCGGACACCAGAGGAUCGCAGCGGUGGACACUGGGGCGGCCGGACACCGGAGGAUCACGGCGUUGGACGUCGGGGAACCACAGCGAUGAACACUGGUCCACAGACCGCCCCCGCGCACAUUACGGUGAAGACGGUCCCGGCCCCCCACAGCGGAGGAGCAGCAAGGGUCCGGAGACCCCACCGGGCACUCCGCUCCAGAGACCACCUCCGCACACAUUACGCGGAGGAGCGAUAAGGGUGCGGGGACCCCACCGGACACUCCGCUCCAGAGACCACCCCCCGCCCACAUCACAUCACGGUAAGCACAAACGGAGAGGAUCCGGCCCCCUCCCGGUAACGGGAAGCGGCUGGAUAUAACCUGACUCCCUCUUAUCUCCACAGUGGGCACAGACAGUCCCGGGAACUGGGGAGCAGCGGGGCUGCGGAGACCCCCACCCCCCUUCCCCCCCCCAUUAAAUUAAACACAAACUGAGACGAGCCGGCCCCUCCCGGUAAUGGGGAAGGACGGAGAUGAUCUGACCCCCCCGUUCAUCCCCGCACGGGACCGGGGUGGAGCUGAACCCCGAACCAGGCCCUCCUAAACGGGGGACAACCGAGACCAACCGGGCCCUUCCUUAACAGAGGAGAACCGGGACCACCGGGCCCUCCAUCAUGGGGGAGGACCAAGCCCACCGGGCUCUCCUCAACGGGAGAGGACUGAGACCGGAGCCAGAGACAAGCCUGUCCCACCUGAGGGAGGUGAGGAGGGCUGAGACCCCCAGUGCCCCUAAAUGUAGAAAUGGAGACCCCAAAAAAGACAGCCAGAGACCCCCACCCCCUGUAAAUGGCGGGAGGAUGGAGA